AUGGUGAAAGAAACCAAGCUCUACGACCAACUGGGCGUCAAGCCCACCGCAACUCAAGAUGAAAUCAAGAAGGGCUAUCGCAAGGCCGCUCUGAAGUGGCACCCUGACAAGAACAAGGACAACCCGGAAGCCGCCGAGAAGUUCAAGGAGUGCUCCCAAGCCUACGAGAUUCUCUCCGACCCCGAGAAGCGCAAAACAUACGACGACUACGGUCUCGAGUUCCUCCUCCGUGGCGGCGGUGCCCCGCCUCCAGAUGCCGGCGGCGCGAACCCCUUCGCCGGUGCUGGUGGCAUGCCCGGCGGAUUCAACUUUGGAGGCAUGCCCCAGGGCGGUGGCGGCGGCGCUCGCUCAUUCCACUUCAGCACAGGCGACGGCGGCAGCAGUGGAUUCCGCUUCAGCAAUGCAGAUGAUAUCUUUGCGGAUUUCAUGCGGUCUAACACUGGCGGUGGUGGUGGCGGUGCCGGAAACAUGGACGACUUUGCCGACAUUUUUACGGCAUUUGGCGGCGGAGGCAUGCCGAGGUCCUCUGGCGGAAGGUCCACGCGCAUGAGGAGCACUGGCGGCGGCUUUGACGCACCCAGACCGAGGGAAGCUACCCCCGAAGUUACGACUGUUGAGAGGCCUUUGCCGCUCACGCUUGAGGAGCUUUUCCGCGGCGUAACGAAGAAGAUGAAGAUCAAGCGCAAGACAUUCGAUGAUCAGGGCAAGAGGACGACCACAGAUCAGGUGCUUGAGGUGCCCAUCAAGCCUGGUCUGAAGAAGGGCAGCAAGAUCAAGUUCAAGGGUGUCGGUGACCAAGAAGAGGGCGGUCAGCAGGACUUGCACUUCAUCUUGGAGGAGAAAGCUCACCCGCUUUUCGUCCGCGAGGAUAACGACCUGGUGCACACCGUUGAGCUGGAUCUCAAGGAGGCGCUGACGGGCUGGAAGCGUACCGUUACGACCAUCGACGGCAAGCAGCUCAACAUCGACAAGAACGGCCCGACGCAGCCUGGCAGCUUCGACAAGUAUCCCGGCCUUGGCAUGCCCAUCUCAAAGAAGCCCGGCACGAGGGGCGACUUCAUUAUCAAGUACAACGUCAAAUUCCCCACGAGCCUUACGCCCCAACAGAAGCAGAAGUUGAGGGAGAUUUUGUAA